AGCCCACCUUCAAUUUAUCUUUCAACCCCUCCAUCUUCAACACAACUCACUAUCCGCUUUAUUACUCACCACCUCAUCGGCAUUCCCUCAGCGAUUAAUUGUUAAGAGACUCUAGAUCAGAAGAGCCCGAACAUCCUCAAAAGUAAUCCACCAAAAUGCGACGCCCCGACGCCCCUCGACCAGAAAUCAUCGGCGACGACAGCGGACCCACGAAACCCUUCCCCCUCCGCAUGGGCGGGCAAGUCGUCCAAGGCUUCGGACGCGGCAGUAAAGAACUCGGAAUCCCCACCGCAAACCUCCCCGUCGACACAGCGCCCUGGAUCGCCUCCGCAGACUCCGGCGUCUACUUCGGCUGGUCCUCCAUCCAACUCCCGCCCGACCACCCCUCCCUCUCCCCCUCCGGGCCCGAAAUCUCAUCAACCACCUUCCCAACCACUGUCCCGUACCCGUCCGCAGCGGUGCAGGUCCCGCCCGCGAAGCAGAAGGAGGGAUGGAGGAUCUACCCAAUGGUGAUGAGUAUCGGGUUCAACCCGUUCUAUGGCAAUACGGUGAGAAGUGCAGAGGUGCAUGUCAUGCAUGGGUUCGGGAGGGACUUUUAUGGGUGCGAGAUGAGGGUUGUGGUGUUGGGGUACAUUAGGCCCGAGUAUGAUUAUGAGAGUUUGGGGAAGUUGGUCGAGGAUAUUGGGUGUGAUAUUGAGGUUACGGGACGGAGUUUGGGGAGGGAGAGGUGGGGAAAUAGGGAGGCGGGGGUGGAUGGGUGGUUGUGGGGGGAGGAGGAAGAGGGGAGGGGGGAGAGUGUGCUUUGA